GAGAUGAAAAUCUUAUACCAAAGGGAGAUCAUGUGAUCAUCAAUGAAGCGCCAAGAACUACCGUUCUCUGAUUCUUCGAUGAUGCGUGACCUCGGCUAGUGAAAGUGUCAGUAAAUACAAAAUGGAGACAGGGUUCUGACUUCUGAGAAGGAAAAAGCCAGGAGAGGAGACCGCUGCCGCCAUCGCCAGAUGCAAAGGCGCACCUCCACCCCGUCGAAUCUGUCAUUGCUGACAGGAUUCUGGACUCUUAUUGCGCACCAAGCAUGGGCUUAACUUUGAUGACCAACUCAAGUCAAAGUCUUGGAAAAAUGGACGACUCCGUCCUCUAUAAACGCGCUUGUUGAAUUGUCGGCCAAACACAUCGGAGAAAGUCAUCGUCGGAGCCCAUGAACAGAGAAGAGAGGAGCCACGUCCACCGCCGGUGCCUCCCCAAGCGGAUCAUCCUGGUGCGGCACGGCGAGAGCCAGGGGAACCUUGACACGGCGGCCUACUCGACGACGCCCGACCACAAGGUUCCGCUUACUCCGCAGGGCGCCGAGCAGGCCCGCGCCGCCGGCGAGUGCAUCCGGCAGCUGCUGUCGUCGGAGGACGGGGAGAACUGGAAGGUGUACUUUUACGUGUCGCCGUACGAACGGACGCGGGCGACGCUGCGGGAGCUGGGCCGCGCCUUCCCGCGCAACCGCAUCGUCGGCGUCCGCGAAGAGUGCCGGAUCAGGGAGCAGGACUUCGGAAACUUCCAGGUGGAGGAGCGGAUGAAGGCCAUCAAGGAGGCGAGGGAGCGCUUCGGCCGCUUCUUCUUCCGCUUCCCCGAAGGCGAGUCCGCCGCCGACGUCUUCGACCGCGUUGCCAGUUUCAUGGAGUCGCUGUGGAGGGACAUCGACAUGGGGAGGCUGGAGCAGGACGAGAAGGCGGAGGUGAGCUUCGUGAUCGUGUCGCACGGCUUGACCUCGCGGGUGUUCCUGAUGAAGUGGUUCAAGUGGACGGUGGAGCAGUUCGAGCUGCUGAACAACCCCGAAAACUGCGACAUCAGAGUCAUGCAGCUCGGUCCCAGCGGCCGCGACUAUACCUUCGCCCUCCACCACUCCGAGGAGGAACUCAGGCAAUGGGGGCUGUCGCCGGAGAUGAUCGCCGACCAGCAGUGGAGGGCCACCGCCAACCGUGGCAGUUGGCACGAGAACGAUCUCUGGCAUCUGGGGAAUUUCUUCGAACACCUAAAGGACUCCGACGACGAGCAGAAGCCGACCGAGUAGCAGCCAUUUUUUUUUUUUUUUUCAACUCAUAAUUAUUUUCGCUUGUGUGCCAGAUAUUGCAUUCGCAUUUUGUGUCACCACUUGAUUGUUGUCUCACAGUAUCCAUACGAUUGUUUGCUAGGUCCUCUGAUCAAAGUUUCAGCUGGGCGUAGAAUAUUUAAGUUGGAUGUUUGAUUUUUCUCAGGGCCGUUUGUAUCUUAUUAUGAGAUUGGCAAUAUCGAACC